GGAGGAGGGUGCAGAGGGACCUCUCCCCUGCCCUGGCAGUGAUGGGAGGAGGUGACCAGGCGCUGCUGGGAGCCACCAGCUCUGACCACGCAGUAGCUGCUGCUCCGUCUCCUGGUCCCUGGGAAAGGCAAAGCCAGCAGCCAGGCGGUGGAUGCUCAGCCCUCUGCGCUGGGUAGCUGUCCCCGUUGCCUGUGCCUGGGCAUGGCUUGUGCCACCCCGGGGGCAGCCGGGCCCAGUGUCCCCAUCAGGGUGGGAUGGGUGUCCAGGUGUGGGAGACAGCCUGCUGUGCCCGUGAGCCUGAUGAGGGGGAAGGCAUCUGGGGUUAUUCUUACAGCCCUCUGAGGGAUGCUUUCCUGAUGACACAGUGCUGUGGGGAACUUGUGUCUAAUUUGUACCGGGAUGGGUGUCUGUAAGCAGUCCGUAUGGUCACACAGAUAUGACAGCUGGGCCCUCCCGAUGUAAAGAGUAGGAUUGCAGGCCCCGGUGCUCCCCGGGCAGGCUGCCGCCGGGUAAGCGUGGGGCAGCUUCGAUCCCGGCAAGCAGCAGCGGGACAACGAGGAAAUCACAAACCCUCCUCGGCCCGGCGUCGAAGCCCCUUUGGAUGGACUGAGCGGGCUGAACCGGGGCAAACCGGGGGGCCUCGGUUACCAGCGGGGCUAUUCGCCCACUCUUUCCUCACCAUGCCAGUGGCAAACCAGCAAGCUGGGCGCAGAGCCUGCCCCUGCAGUGAAGACAAGAAGCCAGUGGCAAAGCAGCUGAGGCUUUCAGUCCUGGUACUACCUCUGUGAUUCCUUGUCUGUGGGCCCACUGCAGGAAGCUGCUUUGCAGGCUAUGCUGGGACAAGGAGUAGGAUCUAUGAGAAAAGGUAACUCGGGAAAACACUGCAGAUUUGGAGCUGAGUCUACAGCCUUCUAGGAAGAAAACCAACAGCUCUUAAAUGUGCAAGUUUGGACUGCAGCUGUAUUUGUUUGGGAAGACUAUGGGUAGGUACCAGGGCUGGCAGCUGAGCUGUUUGAACGCCGUCCUUCUCGUGCUGCUGUGCAGCAGCAUUUCCCAUGCACAGAGGGACUGCACGGGCGCCGAGUGCCAGCCCCUGGACAACUGCAUCGAGGACGUGCUGGAGCCCGGCGAGUGCUGCGCCACGUGCCUGCAGCACGGCUGCACGUGCGAAGGCUACCAGUACUACGACUGUGUCAAUGUGGGCUUUAUCAAUGGCAAAGUACCUGAAGGGCAGUCUUAUUUCGUGGACUUUGGAAGCACUGAGUGUUCGUGCCCCAAGGGAGGAGGCAAGAUCAGCUGCCAGUUCAUGCUGUGCCCGGAGCUGCCUCCAAACUGCAUUGAUGCGGUGGUGCCAGCGGACGGAUGCCCUCAGUGUGGAAGAAUAGGUUGCCUCCACGAGGGCCAGAAGUACGUAGCAGGGCACACUUUCCACAUGCCCCCGUGCAAGGUUUGCCAUUGCCCAAAUGCUGGCGGUGAGCUGAUGUGCUACCAGCUUCCAGACUGUAACACGUUCGCCUUAAAUACUGUGAGUCCCAUGGACACUGAAGACAACGAACCAGAGAGGCACUACGAUGAUCCGUACAGCUACGACCAGGAGGCUCCAGAAGGAGACAACACCCAGGUGGAAUCUCCAAAAAAAUACAGGAGCUACUCUUCCCAUCUUGAGCAAGAGAGCAUCAGCCAAGAACAAAGUGAGGAUUAUGACUACUUACCAGCCAGCAUUGCUCCUUCAGUUUCAGCUCUGGCUGAUACAUACGCCGAGGAAACGACUGUACCACUCACUACACCAGCACCUAAGCUGCCCUCUGAAUUUCGCAGUGCCACAGAAAGAAUUGAGCGAAAGAGGGUGCCCCGAACCACUGCAGCAUCCCCCCAGCAAGUGAUGCAUAAGGAAGCACCAGCAACCACCAGUACCCCUCCAGAGCACACCACAGCCACCACUGAGACCCCUAAGCACCUGUGGGAGCCAGAGAGGAGACCCAAGGGGAAGCAAGGGGACAAAGAGAGGAAUGAGCAAGAAAGAGCCCCACACUCUAAAAUGAAAAAGCAUGCCAGAAAAGAAGACCCAGGGAACAGUAUUCAUCUAGGCUUGAAAGAAGUGAAUUUAACAGAGCCAAGUCCAGCAAAAUCUUCCCAUGAAACACAAGAGGGAAAUGCUUUCCCCAAGGUAAAGUUCAGUGCCACAACCUCUCCCCCCGUUGCUCUAAAGGAAGAUCGUAGUCAGUCAUCCCAAAAGCAGUCACAGACGCUUUAUCGUUACCAUCCUGAGGAAGAUGGGGACCCCAACUCUAUUCACGCCAACCCUAGGUUACCAGAAGGUUCUACAAGGGAAUUGAUUGAGAGCUGCUGUGGAGCUGGACAGCAGUGGGCUAUCGAUAACGGGGAGUGCACAGAAAUUCCUGUAAGUGGAGUGGAUGGUGAUAUUUGCAGAAUUGCUCAGAAGCAGUGUUGCAUCUCCACCAUCAAGGAGAACAGCUGCCUGGCUGGCAUGAUUGCUGCAAAGGACGGAGAUGUGUGUGGACCAGAGGAAAGCGAUACCUGUGGAGGAUCAUCAUAUAAGCAAUGCUGUGAUUGCUGUAAUCUGGGCCUGCGAUUAAGGAGUGAAGGGAAAACCUGCGAGUCCAACAUAAAUCUGGGCUACCCCUGCAGUCAUGUGAUGCUGUCCUGCUGUGAAGGGGGAGAUCACUUUAUCCAGCCAGAAAUAAAAAGGCAUCCCGAACCUUUGCCAACAGUGACACCUGAGAAGGUUUCAGAGACGGAAGAUCACAAUGAAGCUUUGUCCAUCAGCAAUGAAGCUGAGCUGUCAAAUAACCUGCCUGGAGAUGACCUGGAUGAAUGUCUUCUCUACGGUGGGGAACUCUGUCAGCAUUUGUGUAUAAACACUGUGGGGUCCUACAAGUGCUCCUGUUUCCCGGAAUUCACUUUGCAAGAAGAUGGGACCAGCUGCUCUCCAGACCCUGACGGAGGACAGGUGACAAGCCUGGAAGCAGAACCCACUGCCCCUCCAGCAGCCUCUCCUGCUCAGCCUCUUCUCAUCGUGUCCUUACAGGAAGAGCAGGAUAAGUGCAAAGAUAAUGGUCCCUGCAAGCACAUCUGCAAUGUUGUGGAAGAAAAUGUUGUAUGCUCAUGUUUGUCUGGAUAUACUAUCAUGGCUGAUGGGAUUUCUUGUGAAGACAUUAAUGAAUGCGUAACAGAUACACACACCUGCCAGCGGAGGGAACACUGCGUCAACACGAUGGGAUCAUUUAAAUGUCUCCAGGAAUUGAGCUGUCAGCCAGGUUAUGAACUUAAAGAUGGAGAAUGUGUUGAUAUUGAUGAAUGUGAGAGAGGAACUCACAGUUGUAAAGUGAACUUCGUUUGUCAGAAUACAGAGGGAUCGUUUUACUGUGAGUCAAAGCAACGUUGCAUGGAUGGAUUUUUACAAGACCCUGAGGGAAACUGUGUUGAUAUUAAUGAAUGCACAUCUCUCCCUGAGCCGUGUAAACCAGGAUUCAACUGCAUCAAUACCGUUGGAUCUUACACCUGCCAAAGGAACACGCUGACAUGCAGCAGAGGCUACCAUUCCAAUGAGGAGGGAACACGAUGCAUCGAUGUGGAUGAAUGUCAAACUGGUGUACACCGUUGCGGUGAAGGACAGAUUUGUCAUAAUCUUCCUGGGGCUUAUCGCUGUGACUGCAAGAUGGGCUAUCAGUAUGAUGCAUUCAGCAGAACCUGCAUUGAUAUAAAUGAGUGCUGGAAUUACCCUGGACGCCUGUGUCAGCACACGUGUGAAAACACCCCUGGGUCCUACCAUUGCACUUGUUCUUCUGGUUUCCGCCUGUCUUAUGAUGGGAAGCAUUGUGAAGAUGUGAAUGAAUGCGAUGCAAGUCCCUGCAGCCAGGAGUGUGCCAAUGUUUAUGGUUCCUACCAGUGUUACUGCAGGCAAGGUUUCCAGCUAGCAGAAGAUGGUCAUUCUUGUAAAGAUAUCGAUGAGUGCACGCAGAGUGCAGGCAUUCUUUGUACUUUCCGCUGUGUGAAUGUUCCUGGUAGUUAUCAGUGUGCUUGUCCUGAGCAGGGAUAUACCAUAGCAGCAAAUGGAAGAACCUGUCGAGAUAUCGAUGAAUGUGCAAUAGGAACCCAUAACUGUUCAGCUGCAGAGUCUUGCUAUAACAUCCAGGGCAGCUUCCGCUGCCUGUCCUUCGAGUGCCCUUCCAACUACAGAAAAGUGUCUGACAUGAGGUGUGAACGGAUCAGUUGCUUUAAUUAUCUGGACUGCCAAAAUACCCCAGUGCGCAUUACCUACUACCAGCUGAACUUCCAAACCAAUAUCAUGGUCCCAGCUCAUAUUUUCCGUAUUGGACCAUCGCCUGCCUAUGCUGGAGACAACAUAAUCCUCACUAUCAACAAAGGAAAUGAAGAAAACUACUUCAGCACUCGAAGGCUGAACUCAUACACAGGCAUUGUCUAUCUUCAACGACAAGUGAAAGAGCCCAAAGACUUUUUGUUAGAUGUUGAAAUGAAACUGUGGCGUCAGGGAACAUACACUACUUUUCUUGCCAAAAUUUACAUUUUCAUCACAGCUCAUGCAUACUGAAGCAUGUAUUGACAUUGGAAUUUAUUGGUGCUAUGCUCUUUAUUUGUUCUACCAAAGCUUAAUACUGUUGAACUGGCAUUUAAUGUAUCUAGCCUUUAUAUUAUUUUUCUAUCAUUGCUUUAAACUUUUUUUUUUACUGGUUGUGUAAAUUAAGUUAAUUUUUUUCUUUUUUUGUUUGUUAUGUAAUUCUUCACAUCAUCAUUUGACAAUGAGUGAAAGAGGGAUUAGAAAGGCAGUACAUACAUUAUGUUAAAUGCUGGAACCUUUUCUUAGAAAUUAUUUUUAGGUUUAGUCACAUCUGCAAGGUAUUGCACUAGAGAGGAAAGUUGUUCACUUGGGAGCAUUGCUGCUUGCCAUUAAGUUGAAAAACCUUGAGCAAUUUCUCUUUACUACACAAACUUAGUUUGGCCACUGAGGUUUCUCUGUGUUGAGAUGCUGCGUCAGCUGCGUCAAGAGCUAUGUGCAUACGUUGAUGGUUAGCUCACCUCGUAUUACAGGUUUGUUUCCUCUUUCCAUCUUUUAUAAUAUGUUGCCUAAAAAUAUAUAUAAAUAAAAGAAAACUCCACGAGUGAACAAGCCUAUGAUUGAGCCUUGCUUUAGUAGGACUGUUCAUGUGCUAAGUUUUUGCAAGACCAUAGCCUUCAGAGUGUAUCAUGCUUUAGGGUAAAAGUUUGCAUUGCCAUUUCUAGUAGUUGUCAUUAUAGGUUCUUGAAUUCCUCUCCACACAAACCCAUUCUAUUUAGGUUACUAUAGGUGUAGAUUAGAUGUAUUGUAAUUCUUCAAGGAAUGUUUUCCAAGAGAAAACAAGGAAAUAAUAAAAUAAUCAACUACUGUCCCUUAUUUUAAAUCUUGGGUGUACCACUGAGGAAUUAUUUGCAGUUUUAAAUAAACAGAAGGGGAGUUGCUUCUGUUCUUCAGGAAAAUGACUUCAGUUGUGUUACCAAAUGACACAGAGGAAAAUGGUAGUUAAAUUGGCAGUUUGUAUUAUGCCGUUUAGAAAUAGCACAACUUAAGUUUUGAGCUGGAUUUCCUCUAGUUCCACAGGAAACUGGAUGAAGUCCAAAGCUCUCAAGGCCAGAUGUAGUAAAGCUUAGUAUAAUCAAACUAUUUGUUAGAAUUUAGAAAUGAACAUCAGAACUUCUCUUUUUUUCCAAAGAAGAAAAAAAGCUCCAGUGUUGAAAUUUACUGAGCUUCCUUUGUUCCAGCUAUAAUUUACUCUGUAAAAUGUUUUAACGGAAAAACAUAGCUACAAUAUAUUGAUGUUUACUACACUGCGGUUUAAUAAUCUAUUCUUUUCUACAGUCAAUCUUGUUUUGAGCAGCAUGCACAUUUAAAAAAAAAAAAAAAAAAAAGGAGAAAUCUAUUCUUCUGGCUUUUUAUGCCAUGAUCAACACUUUUAUUAUAUUGUAAAAUAUUUGUUUGAAGUGCAGCUUAAAAUCUUGUGAACGCUACCUAUAGGCUGAGAGGAAAGAUGUACUGUAUGCAUUAUAUUCCAAGGCCAACUUCUACCACUUCCAGUAAGUUACUUCUUUAAUUUGGCCUCCCUUAUCAAUAAUAAAGCAGAAAUCUCUCUGUAUCUAACAUCACAAAAACCCAUUACUAGAGAAAAAUCAUUCCUAUUCACCAGUUGUAAAAUAUGGGAUAUCUGCAAGUUUGCAUACAUCAAGCUUCUCUCUCUUUUUCUUUUUUUCCUAUAAAAAUAAUUUUGUAAAAGUGUUCUUCCAUCUAUCUUUUGUUUUCCAUACUUAACAGUUUCAUAAGCUUUUAGCAAGGAAGUGCCAACAGAGAAACAUAUUUAUGCAAUUUGUCAUCUCAAUUAAUACAUAUCUUACAGCUACAGGCCUGGCAAGAUGAAGAGGCAACUGCAAGAACAAGUAGGAGAGCCUUCCAGAUUCAUUACAAAGUAUACAUGUUAAGUGGUGAAACAUUUCUCCAUGCCCCAGUGGGGCACAUCAAGAGUCACUGAAACCCAGAGUUUUCCAUCAGCAUUAGUAUUUGAUUGAGCAUAAAUGAUAUUCAAGCCUUGACAGUCUUUCUUGUCAGAGAACAAAUGGACAAGCCAUUUGUUACUUGGAGACCUUCUGCUGACUAAAAACAACCAUAGUCAAUCAUAUUAAAGAUCUGGCAGUUUGUAGCACAGACUUUUCAUUUUCUAGACAGGUAGUUGAUGAAGAAAGUUUUAGGAAAGGCUUUGCAUAUGAUUAUAAGAGAAAUGCUAUGUUGUUUAAAAAAAAAAAACAUCAGCACUGUGUGCAGCAGGCAUUCAAUAUGGGUAUAAAGGCUUAGUGCAACUGGUCAAAGCAAAGGAAAGGCUUGUGGUAGGUAAUUGCACGUUCCCCAAAUUGGAAAUGGGCUUUAUGUGACCUUUCUGAACAAUGCAAGUUCUGUUUAAUUUUUCAGGUUACUUACUCCCUACCUCUUUGAAAUCUGACCUCUUUGUACUUGUCAUUAGUAUUUCUUGGGAGAUCCGGUGAUUCCAGAGACUGAGGAAGGUCAAAUGUACCACUGGAAGGAAGAAGAAAUGAAAACCUGUGUGUGUCCUGGAGGCUUGAGUGGGUCAAUUACAGAUAGACACAUGAGGUUUUCUUUUGACUGGAAUAUACUUAACAAGUGGUUGAAAUGCUAUAAAUAGCAGUAGAUGGGUGAGAAAGAUGUUUGUAGCUAGUAUUUGGAAUGAUUUCCUUUUUGCACCAGGGAGGAAGUAUUUUCCUAUCUCUGUGUGUAAAAAAUUCAUAUGUGGAUUACUAUAGGUGCUGACUAGUUGGUGCUAGCUUUCUUCUGUGAGCCUGUUAUAGAGAAGAGGCAUCAAAGUGCUCAGCUUGUGCCCUACUUCUUGUCCUCGCAGUGGAAGACAGGAGUAUGGCUGUCCAUCACGGAGAGCAAGCUGUAGACUUCAGUGGUCCAAGCCUCUACGAUUAGCUCUAAGAUCCCACAAACAGAACUUUAUUCACUUUUAUUUCUCUCCUCCUUUAUAUCUGUUAUUCCUUAAUAAUGAUUUAGGACAGAAACAUAUUUCAAACUUAUGGAUUUUAUGGUUGGGAUCAUUCUUUGAGGCUAAAGCUGUAAAAGGGAAUAAAUUGCAAUAAGUUUUAACAUCAGAGUGUGAGAAUCUCCUGUGCAAAGUUCCCUUUGAAACACCUGUAGCAGCACAAGUGUAGGUAUUCCAGAGAGCAGGGGAAAAAGCAGAGCUUCCUUCUCAUUCUUCUGCUGUGAGGAGCAUUUGGUCAAGGAGGCAGCUCCUUUGUUCACACACUUCACCAGAGGAGGCAGGACAGAAGUUCAAGAGUCUCCUAGUGAUGGGAAGUACGUGGUGCCACUGUCCUUCUAUAGGCUGCCUCCGCAUGCUUGUCUCAGCUCUGGGAGCCUGGGUGUCAUUAUGAAGCUAGCAAACUGUCUCCUGUGUCACAGCUGUUAGGGUUUUCCUGAUACUGAGCACCUGCCAGCAAUCGGCUUUUGGGUGGAGAUGGCCACAGGUGAGGGCCAUUUCCAUUCUGUGCCCACUGGGGCACUGGUUGUGCUUGCACUCUUGCUCUGGUGUAUGGUAUCAUGGGCUGUAGUGCUCUGAAAAAUGUUUUUCACAAUUCAACCAGAACCAAGAGAAAGCUGAAAACUGCAUGCCCAAGAUGGAAAGCAAAAAGGAACAAGGUUUUAAAAAAAAAAAAAGUACGCUUUUACAGCUCUCUGGUACAGCAAUAAAAAGGGUAAUGAGUUUGGUUUUCUGUGUGGUCCUAGGUAAAGGUUUGUGUAUGUGAUUAAAACUGAUGUCCUUUAUGUGUGGGUAAGUUUUUUAUUUUCCCUCAGACCUUUGCAGGGUGAGAAUUUGAUUUCAUCUAGUUUGGAGGAUCCAUGGAAUGUGUUGCGGAUUCUUUGUCUCCCUCCUUAUUCUCUAUAGCUAAUUUUAUUUUCAUUUUUUUCAUCUCUACAUUGUUCCCACCCAGGCUAUGAGGAAGAGAAAGUUCCAGCUGGGGAGAAUUAGGAUUCUGAAGUAAAAAUAGAUUUUGAGGUUAAAUAAAAAAUAUCUUCCCAAUUUCAGUGUUCUCUGCAUGAUGGAGACAUUCAUUUUGAAGUGGCUAUUGAAAACUAGGAUUUAAUUAUAUCCUGUGCCAGUGAUGUGAAACUGAAGUCACAAACUUGAGCUUUUUGUCUUCUAAAACAGUUUUUUUUUUUUUUUUUUUUUUGUAUUUGCUCUCUGAAUUGUAGUUUAUGGGUAGGAUCAUUCCAGAACUUAGGAGCUCUUUAGAUAGCCUUCACCCUUCGAGGGGUCCUGCUCAAUGUACCCUGGCAUAUGCUGCCUGAGAUGCUGGUUGGCAGCAGCGGGCCAGCCUGGUGUCAGUCCUCGUCCUGGAGCUGCUCUGUGGGCUCUUCUCAUUGCCAUUUGCAGUAUGGGAAGAACGGCUUCUUCCAGCUGCGUCACGGAGCAGGGUCUUAAUUGGCCCAGGGGCCUUUCUUGGAAAGAUGGUGACAUUGACUUCCCAUAAGCCAAGGCUCCUGCUGUAGUAAAGUUUAAAAAAAAUAUCUGUUAACAUGUGUUGUGGAUUUUCCUUUUUUAGCUGGGAUUGGAGAGGGAUAAGAUGCCAGUGUGGUGCCCUGCAUCCUGGGAAGGGAGGGAUAGGAAGAGAUCCUUUGUAUAACAAGUCUUCUGAGUGGUAGCCAGGAACUGUCAACUGCAUAAAUUCCCAGCAGGAUGUUUUAACUGCUUGGAGCUUGGGGUGGGGUGAUGAUAAUGGAGGGCUGGAAGAGUUUAAAAAAAAAAAAAAAAAAAACCAAACAUUUUACUUUGGAUUAAUGGCAAAGCAUGCAGAGUGACAAACUCUUCUAUGUGCCACCAUUUCUAGAAAGCAAUUAUGGAACAUGUUAGUAACAAUAACUGACUCCACCUAAAUUAAGGAAAAUACAUCCAAAAUAGAGAUGUAAACACCUUUGAAGAAUGGGAGUGUGGAGGUGCGUUUCUAUGCCUUGUUGAAGGUGACUUAUCGUAAGCUUUACCAGGCUACACUCCAGAGAGGGCUUUUGGCUCAUUGUGAUUAUGGAAUAGUUGCUGCCAGACGCGCCACAGAGGAAGGUAGAUUCUCCCCAACAUCAAUGGCUGGGGUUAGAGGGGAGAAGAACGUGGAAUACUUUCAGUAUGGAACAAAGACAAUCUUAGAAUGAGGUACGUUUGAAGAGGAGCAUUGCCGCUUUUGGAGUUUGAAUGAUUGAUGUAAACAGCGAUACAGGGUUGACAAACACAUCUUUUAAAGGCAAUGUACCAUGACAAGAAGUUCGCUUUUGUUAGUGCUAACAAAGCAAACGAUCUAAUCAAAGGAUAAAGAUCACAGUACUGAAAGGUCCUUGUUGUGACUGGGAGACUGGACAGGCCAUGUCUGACUGUGGCUGGAAUAGCAAAUGGAAAGUGAAGGAGGUGCUCGCUGACCUCGUGGUGUUGGGACGGUCAAGCUCUACUCUCAAACUCAUUUCAGGGUAGAGGAGAAUAUGCCUUCCCUUGGAUGUACGGGAAACUUUGUGUCCUGUAGUUAAGAUGGAGCGUUGUACUGCUGCAGACAUUGAAGUGUAACAUUAUCUUUUUCUUCUCUUGCGGACAUUAUUCACAGUAGGAUUAUGAAAGAGUGAUCCCAGUUAAUUUAAGCUGUUGCAGAGGUCUAUUAUGAUUAAUCCUAUUAUCUUUCAGUUGCACCUUGGAGAAAUAACUUUCACACUGACCAGGAAUAUUUCAGACAGCGCUUAAGUCUGACUGACAUAAGUGUAUAAUUGUGGAGUAACCAUAUAGUAUAGUCUAGAAUACCUACUAGGAGCAGGGAGAGGACUGUGCCUAGCCAUUUGUGUGAUCAUUGGCUACAUGUCAUAUAAACUAUACAUUGUAGAUAUUUUUAUAAUUUAUAUUUAGGCCAAAUAUGCAAUAUUUUACCAAUACAUUUUAAUGCCUAACAAUGCAAGUGAAUAUGAAGGUUCUUUGGUGGUGUGGUCUUGUAAUGACCAGUGCUUGGUAUCACUGCAGUUGGGAGGGCACAAGCAUGGAGCUUAGUCACGAGCCUGGCAGCGUAACACUUGAAUUGCAUUUGCAGUUCAGGGGAGUCUAUAACUGGACUUGCAGAUAUUUGUAAACUUUUCCAUAGCAGACACUCUCCUGUAUUUUCCCAUAUAUUAAACGAUGCUCUUAU